GUGACACGUUCACUAAAAAAAAAUCCUUUUGUAGCAAAGCAUUUAUUAAGAAAAAUAGAGAAGCUUAAUACAAAGGCGGAAAAAGAAAUCAUAAUAACUUGGUCCCGGGCAUCUACUAUUAUACCCACAAUGAUUGGCCAUACUAUCGCUAUACAUAAUGGAAGGGAACACUUACCCGUUUAUAUAAUCGACCUUAUGGUAGGACAUAAAUUGGGAGAAUUUUCACCUACUAUAAAUUUUCGAGGACACGCGAAAAAUGAUAAUAGAUCUCGUCGUUAA